AAGAAUAACAACGUGCAUUUGACUAACAUGCCAAAGAUGGAUCUGUCUAGGAUAUCUUUGAGGCCAUUCAAGCUAACAGACGUUGACGAUUUCUUCUUAUGGGCAGGUGACAACCAAGUAACCAAAAACAUCCGAUGGAAGACAUGCUUGUCAAGGGAAGAAGCUCUAGCAUUCAUCAAAGAUGUCUGCAUACCUCACCCAUGGCGCCGAUCUAUCUGUCUCGACGAUCAUUCCAUCGGUUUCGUUUCUGUAUAUCGUUGGUCGGGUGAUGAUAGGUGCAAGGCUGACAUAGGUUAUGCUGUUGCUGCUAACUACUGGGGACAUGGGAUAGCCACAAGAGCAAUCAAGAUUGCUUUGUCACAUGUGUUUAAUGAUUUUCCUGAUUUGUUAAGGUUGCAGGCUUUUGUUGAUGUGGAUAAUAAGGCUUCUCAGAGAGUUUUGGAAAAGGCUGGGUUUGUUAGAGAGGGUGUUCUUAGAAAAUAUACUUUUAUCAAAGGUAGUGUUAAGGAUUUAGUAGUGUUUAGUUUCUUGUCAACAGAUGAAUUUCCUCGCGUUGACUAGUUGGCCUAUGGUGAAUGUGUUGUAGUUUGGUUCAAAAUAAUGUAAGGUAUGUUUAUGCUCUUGUGUAUCAUAAUGCUACCUAUUAUUAUUGGUAGAUAUUGAAUGAAUAUUGAUAUGCUUAAUAUGGCUUAUUGUAUUAAAAGGGAAACUGUUUAAACUACUAUUACAAUAUAUUGAAAUCAAGUGUAUGUAUCCAAUAUAAUUAGAUCUUUAACUUGAUAGUAUCUUUUUAUUUGGGAUGUCACUAGCUGAAAGUUGGACUUGACUGUUAUUUCUUAGGCCCCAUAUCAAGAGUCGUCUAUAGGUUGGACAAACAUGUCUCUUACUCUGAUUGGUUAAUAGAUAAAUAUGUGCGACAGAGUUAAUUCAGAAUUUUACUUCAUCUCAUUUUUUUUUAAAGAUUUGGAAGGAUCCAAUUUUUUCAAAUAUUUGUUUCGAAGAUUUCUUCUUGAUCGGCCUCCAACAAGAAUUCAACUUUGCAGAAGAGGAAUAAUUAGUGGUUCUCAUGACACAAUGAGUCCUCUUUGCUUUGAUGAUGAAGAAUAAGUUGGCCACCUUUUCCUUUAUUGUAGAGUUUCGUUUCAAAUUUGGCAGGGUUUGUUUUUUUGGUUGGGAAUUCUGGUGUUCACGUUAUUGCAGACAAAUUUUGAGAGCUUUGUUUUUUUAUUAUCUCUUGCUAGGAAAUAUCAAGAAAUAGUAUCAGAGAAUUUUGUGGUUUGCAAUGAUUUGGAGUAUUUGGCUGACUAGGAAUGCAAUUCUAUUCGAAGGUGAUCAAUUGGACAUUAAUACUGUGAUUUCUCGGGUUAAAUCUUUAUCGUGGAAUCGAUUUGGAAUUAAUUGUAGCAGUAACAUUAAGACCUCGGCUGAGGACUGGAAUGUUAAUUAUGGGAGAUUUUGGACGACUACUAUCUUAAGAAAAGGUAGCUUACAAGUUCCAACUGACGAACUCAUGUUUGAAAUAAAAAUUAUGGGAGAUUUUGGACGACUACUAUCUUAAGAAAAGGUAGCUUACAAGUUUCAACUAGCAAACCCAUCUUUGUUUGAAAUGAAAAUUUAUGUGCGUGUAGAUUUUAGAGAUUCUCAAUUUAACAAAAGCGCUUCUAUACAUUAUAAUGAGCACUUGAUAAGGUUCAAAGAGACGUGUACUUUUUGGAACCCAAUAGGUAUAAUAAAAAUUUAAGGAUUUGUUUAUCAAGCCAACGCUCAUGGACAUAAGCAUCAAAAAUUCAGAUUUGCACAUCAUACGCAAUCUCAACAACAUACCAAAGCACGAAU